ACUCUUCCUCUUCGUUUGCAUGAAGUUCGCUCACGAUUCAUUAUGUUGUCCACUAUUUUUUUGAAAUCGUAUAUUCUCAUUUGAUUUAAAGUAAUUUAAACCUCUCCUAACACAUACACAAUUAAGAUAACUUAUUAAAUUAAAGAGUUGAAGAGUACAAUUUAAAAUCAUAAGAAUUCCAUUCUUUUCAUUUCAUUCAUUCAUUCGUAAUUUUUGUGUUUUAUUUAUAUUAACCAGACUGACACGUCACAUCAGCUGCUGACUGAAUUAUAUUUAAUUUGUAUAAUUCUUUAAAACAGCAGUUAUCUAUCCAUCUUUUUAAAAAUAUGAGUCAACCACAAGCAUCCGGAAGUAGUGAAGGGAGAGAAAGGGGGGACAGAGCUCCGACGACGACGGCGGUCAAGGUCGACUUGUCCAUGGUCAAUAGAGGAAUAUGGUUGGUUAAGGUCCCCAAAUAUUUGGCUGCGCGAUGGGAAAAAAUUCCAGGAGACGUGGAAGCUGGAAAACUCAAGAUAUAUAAAACAGGGGCCGAUGCCGCACCAAGAGUGACCUUAAGUCUCAGCGAUGCCACAAUGUGCCUUAAGGAACCGGGUGAAAACGACAUUCCAAGAGAGCACUCGUUAAUUGCUGGUCCCGUCGUUCAUCAAACGUUGGCUGCGUUUGAUCACGUUACUGGAAUUAGCGACGCUCUUGUUCAAGAACCCGAUAAAGUUUCCAUUUUGGGAAAAGUCCAUCAAAAGCUGGAAUGUCGUCCUCCUUCCGAUGUCGGUUACAUGUUAAUGAAAAAGGAAGAAAUUAGGAAGGCGUCACAACCCGUCAGAUCUGUACAACAGUUGGAUCGCGUAGUCAAUAAUUACAAACCAGUGGCUGAUCAUAAAAAUAAUAUCGAAUACGAGGAACGGAAGAAGGCCGAAGGGAAAAAGGCGAGGGAAGAUAAAGAUAAGGUGCUCGAAAUGUUGUUUGCUGCUUUUGAAAAACAUCAGUAUUAUAACGUCAAGGAUUUAGUGAAGAUUACUAAUCAACCGAUUGGCUACCUCAAAGAAGUCUUAAAAGAAGUUUGCAACUACUGCGUAAAGAAUCCUCACAAGAAUAUGUGGGAACUAAAACCUGAAUACAGGCAUUACAAGCAAGAUGUCGAUGACUGAUUUAUGAUCGCCUUAAAUUUAUCGUUCUCUUUAAAUAGCUUACGAAUCAUUAUAAACGAAAAGUAUAAGCGCAUUGAAUCACGCAAUUAUUUGUAUGUAUAUGACCAAAACGAACUUUAAACCAUUUGUGCUACUAAAUUCCGUCUGUAAUCAAAUACUUAUCAGUACGUGAAUUUGUCAAUGAUAAUAAUAAUAAUUUCGACGCUA